CUGAGCUGAGAUGCGCUGAGCUGAGAUGCGCUGAGCUGUGAUGCUCUAAGCUGAGAUGCGCUGAGCUGAGAUGCUCUGAGCUGAGAUGCUGAACUGAGCUGCGCUAAGGGAGCAGCAGCCCCGCCGCCGGCGAGGACCAUGCCGUGGUCGGGGAGGGAGCCGGGCGCCCCUCGGCUGCGGGAUCCGAGCGCCCCGGCAGCAGCAGCGCCCGGCAGCGCCUGAGCCCCGCGCAUCGCCAUGGACGAGCGCUUCAACAGGUGGCUGCUGCCGCCGCUCCUGGCGCUGCUCUUCUUGCUCAUCGUGUACCAAUACGUGUCACCCGCCUGCCCCGGCGCCGCCUGCCCUCGCCGCCCGCCGGGCUCCGCCGCACGCCGCGGGGGGAGCCCGGCCGAACGGGAGGAGGAGGAGGAGGCGAUGGGAGCCGCGGAGGAGGAGGUGGUGGCAGCGCUGCCGCGGGUGGCGGCCAAGUUCCCGUUCGCGCGUGGGGAGCUGUGCCGGCGGGUGCGGUUCGACAUGCGGGGCCGCGACGUGAUCGUCUUCCUGCACAUCCAGAAGACGGGAGGCACAACCUUCGGGCGGCACCUGGUGCGCAACAUCCGCCUGGAGCAGCCCUGUUACUGCCGAGCCGGGCAGAAGAAGUGCGCCUGCCACCGCCCGGGCGGCGACAAGGACACCUGGCUCUUCUCCCGCUUCUCCACCGGCUGGAGCUGUGGGCUGCACGCCGACUGGACCGAGCUCACCAGCUGCGUGCCCGCAGCCAUGGAGCGCCGCGGCUGGGCUGGGAACCGCACCCUCAGGAACUUCUAUUACAUCACGAUGCUGAGGGAUCCAGUGUCACGGUACCUGAGUGAAUGGAAGCAUGUCCAGAGGGGCGCAACAUGGAAAACUUCCCUUCAUAUGUGUGAUGGAAGAAGCCCAACACCAGAUGAGCUGCCUACCUGUUAUGAAGGAGAUGACUGGUCUGGAGUCAGUUUACAGGAAUUCAUGGAUUGUAGCUACAACUUGGCCAACAACCGCCAGGUGCGCAUGCUGGCAGACCUUAGCCUGGUGGGAUGCUACAACUUGACUUUUAUGAAUGAGAGUGAAAGAAAUACGAUUCUUCUCCAAAGCGCCAAGAACAAUCUGAAAAAUAUGGCCUUCUUUGGGCUUACAGAAUUUCAGAGGAAAACACAAUAUCUCUUUGAGAGGACAUUCAACCUGAAAUUCAUUUCCCCAUUCACCCAGUUCAAUGUUACGCGGGCCUCCAAUGUUGACAUUGGUGAGGAUGUGAGGCAACGGAUAGAGGACCUGAAUUUCUUGGACGUGCAGCUUUACGACUAUGCGAAGGACCUGUUCCUGCAGCGCUUCCAGUACUCCAAGCAAGAGGAGCAUCAGAAGAACCGGCUGAAGAGGCGAGAGGAGCGGCGGCUGCUGCGGGAGCAGAGGGUUCACCAGUGGCCAAGGGAAGAGGCUGCAGAAGUAGUUGUUACUGAAGAUUAUAAUAGUCAGGUUGCAAGGUGGUGAUGCUCCUCCCUCUUGACUAACCAAUGAGAGGGUGAGGCAGUUUGUGCAACUUGGCUACCUGGGAAUUAGCCAAGGAAGGCCAACUGCAUUGGUAAAUGAGACUGUGUCUGACAGCUGUCCCUCCCUCUCUCAGUUUUUCUUGGCUUCUGCCCAAGAGGAGAAUGUAUUUUUUUUUCAGUAGGCAUUGAUUAGUGUUAUUAAAUGGCAGUAGAAUACAUUCCUGUCCAAAAUGACUUCCUUCAAAACCCUAAGCUAUGAGGAAGGGUUGAAGAGAGAGCUAUAUCCUGUGCAUUAACAGAUAUACCCUAUACAAUCUAAGCUACCAAAACCUGUGCAGACAUUAAUGAAAAAUUUUUUAAAAAAAUCUGGUUUUGUUCCUCUGUGACAUGAGAGAUGGUUUGUUUCAUAUUGUCCUUUGCAACUGUAGUGCGUAGCUUUCUAGUGAAAGAAGUGGAGGAAAGCAUAUUGCCCUUCAAACUUCUACAUGCUGUGUUUUGAUUAAGGAAAGAAAUUGCUGAGGUAAUUUAAAAAAAAAUCCCUAGGGAAUGUGGGAUUGGGGCAUCGCUUGUUCUGUGCUGUUAGUCAGGAAUCAGAGAUGAUUUAUUAUUGAGGCAAUGGGGGAGUUAGCUUAUUUCUCCACAGAUACUGAGAAUACCAAACCCAGCCAUUUUUCUGAGUGCGUGUGGCAAAGGUAAAGCCUUAAGAAAUGAGGUCCACAUGACAGCUGGGCACACAUCGUGGAGAUUAUCUGGCUGGAGGCAAUGAAAUCAGCUUCCACAUUCACAAAAGUGAAGAGGAGCCACGGAAACUGCAGGAAAGAGAAAGGAGAGGGCAGGAAAAACCUAAAUAUUAGUGUGACAUUUCCCAGAUUUUCUGUAAAAGCUUGGAGUUAUGUUGUCUGUGAAGGAAGGCAGGUUUCUGAUAUUGUCUGUUAAAAUACAUUGAUGCGAAGUGAAUACAAUUUAAAUCAAUUUUCUCUCUAGGUAUGGUAGUGACUAGAAAAAAGAAUCAUAUUUUGUUUUCAUAGGAUACAUAAUGGAUAUGUGGAAAGUCUUGAUAUUUAUUACUCUGUAUAAAGAUUCUUUGUAAAUUUAUUGUUUUCAUGAUGAGAGAUCUGUAUCUGGUUUUAUUCCUUGCCAAGGAAAAGAUUCAAUGGGUUCUUCCUCCACGUGUUACUUUCUUGUGGCUAAAUAGCAUCUAUUUAUUCCGAGAUUUUAUGUUGUUCCAUUUGUGAUAGUGAAAUUUUAAGAAGAGGGUCCGGUGCACAAUAGAUCCUUUGAGAGAGUAUAUUUUCCUUCUUCUUCUAGUAUAAAUGUAAAACAUUAGGAGGAAACUUCUCUAAGUGCCUCAACGUGGCUGCUAAAUCGAAAUGCUGAAAGUAUAUUACUGCAUGCAUGAAUGGCUUUUACCUUACAGAUUUGCUAAUUAGAGGUACUGGAGUACCUGAUAUGGAUGCACAUUUCUCAUUUAUUUUCAAACUUUUUACCUAGUUGGUAAAAAAAAUAAUGUGUUACAGAAAAAAAAAGAGGCUGAAUUUGAAAAUUUGUACUUUCAUUUCCAGGUCUUUCUUCUUUAGUGCAUGCUAUAAUUUCUUUUCUACCAACAAUGCUAUUGCUACUGAUCUAUGCACAAUAUCAAAAAUACGAUCUAACCAACCCUUAGAGAGUUAAUGUAUACAAUAAAAUACAUUGAAUGUGGAAUAUCAUAACAGCUAUU